AAAAUCUAAAGCGUAUGGAAACGAGGGUGUAACGGUGUAACCCGCGGAAACAACCCUACUGAAACCUCCUUUUCUGAAACACUGAUCAGUUGGUCUGAAAACUCAUUCGACCAUCCAUCCACAGAGCCUGUCCAUCCACCGUCCCUCCAUGGACAGUAGACAGUUUUGAACUGCAUGUGGGUUUGUGUAGUUUGUGCGUGAGACUUGUGCGAACGCCGAUAGAUUACAUUUGUUGUCCUCCCGAAUUUCGGCCUUGAUCAAGAGUGGAAUCAGCAGUGCAUCGAUCAAAUUCUACUAGAGAUCAAGUGCUCUAUCCUGGCUCUAUCCAGUCAAGACACCGAAGUUUCGGAGGCGACGAAUGACACACUUUACCAGCAGAUUUCAGCUACCGGUCAGUCUUGUAACGCGAGCAGCGGUAGUACAUCGCAGGGUCCACGCUUUGGCAGGCAUGAGCGAAGCACUAAAAGAAGUUCCGGAUGCGGCCGAUGCGGCUCGAGAGACUGAAUCUGGUUGCGGAGUGAAAAGGAAAGCUGAAGACGUUUCCUCGGAACUUGACAUCAAAAAAAUCAGGCAGGGGCAAAAGGAGCUGCGGCCUGGUUUCGGAAGUGACAGGUUUGGUGAAACUGACUACUAUUUCCAGUAUGGCCUUCGGAAGGUGUACCCUUACUACUUCACCUACACCACCUUUUGUAAGGGUCGCUGGAUUGGGCACCUUCUGGUCGAUGUGUUCACUCGGGAGUUCAGGGCCCAUUCGAAGGAAAUUUAUGUGAAUGCAAUAAAGGCAGGCCUGGUGACAGUCAAUAACAACCCUGUCAAUGUUGACUACCGUCUCAAGGAUAAUGACCUCUUGGCAAAUACUUUGCACAGACACGAAGUUCCAGUCCUUGGAGCUCCCAUCAGGAUAUUGCACCAGUCUGAAGAUUUGAUUGUGAUCGACAAACCACCAUCUAUACCAGUGCAUCCAUGUGGUAGGUACAGGCACAAUUCCAUAUUGUUCAUCUUGGCUAAGGAGCAUGGUCUAAAGAACCUUCACACGGUUCACAGGCUGGACCGACUCACAUCGGGAGUGCUCCUGAUGGGCCGCUCAGUGGAGAGGGCACGGCAGCUGGAGAAUGAAAUGAAGGGCCGCCAGGUGUCCAAGGAGUACCUUUGCAGAGUAGAAGGAUGUUUUCCUGACGAACCUGUCACGUGCUCUGCACCCAUUGAAGUGAUCUCGCAGAAGAUUGGUGUGUGCGGCGUGGGUGUGCACGGGAAAGAGUGCAAGACGGAGUUCAAGAAAUUGAGCUUCAAUGGGAAGUCAAGUGUGGUUCUCUGCAAACCCCUCACGGGACGAAUGCACCAGAUCAGAGUUCAUCUACAGUACCUAGGUUUUCCUAUUGUUAACGAUCCACUCUACAAUCACACUGUGUUUGGGUCCCAGAAGGCCAAAGGUGGCCUAACAGAGAAAACUAAAGAGCAGUUGGUGGAAGAUCUCCUACAAGUCCAUACACUUGAGAAUUGGCUUGGGCCUGAACUGGAGUUUGGACCUGAUGGAGACUUGAAAGACGACAGCAAAAGCUUUGAAAACGCCAUUGAGGAGUUGGACAUUGUCGAGCCUUCAGACGACCCCAGUAUCGACAACUUUCCGGCCAGCCUGAAGCACUACCUUGAGGGCGAUGAAGCAGCAGCAUUUCACGCUGCCAUGAAAGAUCGCAGCUUCAACAAAGAGAAGUUUGUGCGUCGUGCAGAGUGUUCAGAGUGCCGUCGAAAGUACAAAGAUCCGGAGCCUCGAGACCUGCUUCUCUAUUUGCACUGCUUACGGUAUAAGGGAAAUGAUUGGGAAUAUGAAACUGCCUGGCCAUCCUGGGCAAAAGAGAGCUGGACCGAUGACUGAUGAAUAAAUCAGUUUUUUUUAAUUUUGCCCAUGCAAAUGAAAACCCAA